CUGUAGAUAGGUAUCCCGCAAAUGCGAAUCCCCUGGGACAAUAAUUCAACUGGACAAUCUAGAACCUAACCUUAUCUUACGUCCUUUGUUUUUCCGUUUUCAAAGAGAUUUGAACAGCGAAGGCGCGAGUGCGACAGCCAGGUAAAUGUGGGUUCUCUUCCGUUUCCAAGUCACCAGGUUUGAAUGCGGCGAGUGGAUUGUAGGACACGUUUCGUGAGAAGCGGUCAAAGGAGAUGGAUGGGAUAGUCUGAAAGCAAGGUUUUGGAGAGGGAGGCGGCGCAACUGGUGGGGCCUGACAGGGACCCUGGUCCCUAUUCCACUCAGUGGAGCAGACGACGAUGGCGAAAGCCUGCGUAACAUGCCUGACCCUUGGAACUACCAACCACUUUCACACACUUGUUCUCCUCUUACACUGCUCCGCAUUUGCCCCUGGAUCGAAUCGGACGCGCUCCAAGUGAGUUUUUUGCCCUUGUUUCCUCUGCCCAUUUGUUUAAAUUGGUUGAGGGAAUGCUUGAAUCUUUGAUUCUGGAAUGGCUUCUUAUUCCCCUGCUCCUGGGCGGUACCCGUACGGCCUGAAUACUGGCGGUGAAAGGAUGGGGGAAGGUGAGGGAGACAGGGUAGCCUUUGCAGGCAUUCUGGACAUAUUUGUUCAUCAUGCAAGAAACAUUCAUAAUAUCUGCAUUUAUGAUAAUCAAGAUGUGUAUGCAAAGUUUUCCCUCACUUGCAGCCCUGAUGAGACGUUAUCUACCACAAUUGUAAAAUGCGGUGGCAAAAACCCUCAGUUUGACCAAAACUUGCAAAUAAAAAUCACUCAACCCGAUGCAGUGAUGAAAUGUGAAAUGUGGAUGUUGAGUCGGGCAAAGAAUUAUCUGGAAGAUCAGCUGCUAGGGUUUGCUUUGGUUCCGCUAUCCUCUGUGGUGGGAAAGGGUAAAUUCACUCAAGAUUUUGCACUGUCCUCCACUGACCUGUUUCAUUCCCCUGCCGGAACUGUUAGGUUAACUCUUCAGUACCGUGGAUUAUCGUCGUCUGACUGCCAUGGGAACUCGUUUGCUAGCACCAAUUUGGCACUUUCUCCAGCGUCCAUAAGCUCAGAGGUUGUUCUGCUCGAUCGUAGCUCGGAGGAGUUGAGACCUGUUGAUUAUGGUAGCAUUGAAUUUCCAGACAUGGAGAUUGCUAGACAGAAUGAGCAAUUGGUUUCAGAAUAUUUCAAGAUGGCAUCUAAUGAAAUAAAGAUGGAGAAUGAGUCGAAGUCUGAAUUCCAGGUAGCAGAUCAGACUGGAUUUUCUGGAGUGACAUUUUUACAUUUAGGUGCAACUCCCAUUGCAGACGAUGAUUAUGACAUGUCACUGAAUGCAGAGGAGGAGAAACAUGCAGAUCCUCAUUCUUCAACACAGGAAACUAACCUAUUUGCUUACAGGAACCCAACUGAUGGCGAAAAUUCAUCCCACACAGGAAUUGUGAGUUCCACAACUACAAGUUUAAGUGAAGAGCAUAGUUUCCUUGAUUUCGGGGAGCAGAAGAGCAGCUCAGUGGGCGAAUCUUCUCAUUCACACGGUUCAUCACCUGCCACGAUUCCAACAUUUGAAAGUUCUGCUGAGACUCCAACUUCCGCACAUGGUAAUGUCUCUGGUGACAACCAGAGAGCUUUGUCUUCCGAGGAGGAUACAGACAAGGAAGGAACAGGGUCAAGUUCUGAAACUAGGAUGACUGAAAGGAACUCAGAACCAAUAUUUACAAAACCUCUGAUAAGCAUAAAUCUUGAACCUGAUCAGACUGUUGUGCAGCAACAGAUUGUUGAUAUGUAUAUGAAGAGUAUGCAACAAUUUACCGAGUCACUGGCAAAGAUGAAACUUCCAAUGGAUAUUGAAACCAAUGAAUCUGAUGAUAAUACUGACACUACAUCAAAACAGAAAAAAAUAGAAACUGGAAAGAAGGAAGGUGCCAGAGUUUAUUAUGGAAGUCGGGCAUUCUUUUGACACCUGAAGAUCAAGAAUAAUACAGUUAUGACUGCAGGAUUAUAAAUAGUAUUUAUAGAUACAAAUGGAUAAUAAUUUGGACUAGCCUGUAUUAUAAUAAUGUGAUCAGUUGAACAGGUAUGGUAGUUGUUAACUUCAUGCACUGAUAUUUAUGAGAAUCAGGACUACACAUAAUCAUAUAGAGCUGCUAAGUAAGAGUAUCCCCAUUCAUCUGAGGGAUAUUAAUUGCUGAUGUAUUCUCUUUAUGUCAUGUGCAAGUUGUGUUUUAGUUUGAUUAAUUAUAUUGACUUCUUUUACA